AUAUGAAUGAAAACGAUGCGCGAGAAGUGCUCGAGGAGGAGUGACGACUUGUGCUAAAGCGGAGGUAGAUAUCAUCAAAGGCGGGCCAAAAGAUCGCAGGAAGUAUUACGGGUAAACUUUAAGAGGAAGUAUCUGCAGAGAGUAUAUGCUGAGAAGUUGGAGGAAGAACUUGAGAAGGUGAUGCAAGAACUUCGCAUUGCCCUGGCCCAGAAAUCACAGCUGGAGUACCAAUUCGUGGAGACCGACCAGAGCAGAAAGGAGUUGGAGCUGAAAAUCAUUGCAAGCGAUGAAAUUUUGCGGACUUUUAUACAAGAGAGAGAGCUGUUGCAGAUCGAUCUCGAGAAUGCACUCCAAAAGGCCGAGGAGGUGAGCAGAAGAAAAGGAGAUUCCUCGGGCACAAAGUACUUCUCCGAGUUCUCCUUUACCGAAAUUGCAGAAGCUGCGCAGAACUUCGACCCAUCCUUGAAGAUCGGAGAAGGUGGUUGUGGGAGCGUGUAUAGAGGUUUCCUUCGACAUACGCCAGUGGCAAUAAAGAUCAUGAAAUGUCCUAGCAAGCAAGGUUCACAAGAAUUUUUACAGGAGGUCGAUGUGUUGAGAGAGGUGAGGCAUCCUAAUCUCAUCACCCUCAUCGGCACUUGUCCCGAGCCCUGCACUCUUGUUUACGAAUAUAUACCAAAUGGUAGCCUCGAAGAUUGGCUCCGCAGCAGCGAGAGGGCGAAGCAGCUGCCGUGGCAAGCCCGAAUACGCAUUGCCACAGAGCUCUGCUCCGCCCUGGUCUUCCUCCACUCUUGGAAGCCUCACAGCAUCGUCCAUGGGGACGUCAAACCAGGGAACAUCCUAUUGGACGCGCACCUCGUGAGCAAGCUCAGCGAUUUCGGCAUCUGCCGAUUGCUGUCUGGCAGCAAGCAGUGGAGCAACAACACCACCAUCAUGCAUCUGACCAACCCAAAAGGGACGUUCGGGUACAUGGACCCUGAGUUCCUCGUCACGCGAGAGUUCACAACGAAGUGCGACGUCUAUUCUUUCGGGAUUAUACUGCUUGAGUUAUUGACGAGGAGACCCGCCUUAGGAAUAGCGAAGGCAGUGCGAAGGGCAAUUACCACGGGGACUUUGGAGGCCAUCUUCGAUCCACUGGCUGGAGAGUGGCCCUAUACGCUGGCCGAGGAGUUGACUCAUUUGGCUUUGAGGUGCUGCGAGAUGACCAGAAGGAAUAGGCCGGAUCUCCGGUCGGAUGUGUGGACGGUGCUCCAAUCGAUCCGAGCUUACCGUCAAUAAACCUAGACUUCCUAGUUCUCGGAAAUCGAGCGAUAUACAUGUUGUGGUUGUGUACUUGAUCUUUAAGUAAAUAGACUUACCGGGUCAUGUGUCGAAGUCAUCCGCGAGUACCGGCUGAUAUGUGUGUAUUCACAAGCACAGGUCGUUUGUUAUGUUAUGUAUUAUCUUGUUGAAAGUUCUCCCUGUAUGUACCCACCAAUUUUCUUAUGAAUAGAUUUUUUUCACAUGCAUUAAGUA